CGACUUUACGGUUACGGCCAUGCAUGUUUAUGGCAACACCAUCUAGUCCAAUCGUUCUGAAGACUGAACCUUCUUACCUAAAACAUUAAAAUUCGUUCCUUCCGUUUAUAGUUCAGUUCCAAUCCUAACCUUUCAUUCAUUUCCUACACUAAUCAAUCAUUCACACGUUCACCGUUUUUAUAUUGUUUAUCGUCGCUUUAUUAGUAUACACCUGGUGUUAUUUGUUAAUUCUUCGAGCUCGUUUCGCGAUUUGUUUUUCUGCUGCAUUAAUGCUUGUCAUCAAUAAUUAUUGUGCUUGACUAUUAUUAAAGUGUAUAAUAUAAAACAACAUCGACAUUUGAGUCAUUAGAAGAAUGCCGCCUACUAAGAGUGAACUUUGGCAGUAUUUUAUCAAGCUUAACAGCAACGAAGUGAAAUGCAAGAUUUGUUUCAAAACCAUAAAAACGUCAGGGAAUACGUCAAACAUGAAUAAACAUCUUAAGAAACACUCUAAUGCGUUGAGUGGAAAAGGAGAUGAAAAGAUACAAACAACGAUUAAUAAAAAGCUAGACCCGCUGAAUUCACCGCCACCGAGUCAUGAACCACAACCAUCGACAAGUACAUCAAAAGCACCUGAAUCGAAUACAUUUCUAGCUAUUCCUUCAUCAUCUGAUGUCAAGAAAAUUCCAAUCGAUGUUAUCGAUGACAGUGAGCUUACAGAAACAUAUGCACCGCUUCCAAAAAAAAGACAACUUUCUAUUGUACAAACAAUAGAACGUAAAUAUUCUUAUUCCAAUGGAGGAAAGGAUCAUUUGAAGCUAUGCAAAUGCUUGCUUUAUUUUAUUUGCGUUGAUAAAAGACCGUUUGACAUUGUGAAAGGGCGUGGAUUUAAAAAAAUGAUGCAUCAAGCUUGCCCGUCGUUUAAAAUUCCAAGCGUGGAUACUCUUAAAGCCCAAUUUGAUGCUUUAUACAGUACCAUGCAUUUGAAAAUUGAAAACAUAUUUGACAAUAUUUCGCACUUGGCAUUAACCUGUGAUAUUUGGAGUGAGAUGAUGACUGUUACCAGUUAUUUAGGGGUUACUGCUCAUUAUUUACAUGAUGACAGACUUGUAUCGCGUUGCAUUGCUACUGUUGCACUGGAUCAACGGCAUACUGGUGAAUACAUAGCUGACAAAUUAAAAGAAAUUUGUGCAGGUAUGCACAUCAGCCUGGAAAAAAUAACUGCUGUAGUUACGGACAACGGCUCAAACAUGACAGCAGGCAUAGCUAAUUUUCUAGAAAAAAAUAAACACUUGCCUUGCUUUGCUCAUACAAUUAAUCUUAUCGCUGAAUCUGCAAUGUUAGUCAAUGAUUUCAGUUUAUUAGUAAGCAAAGUACGAGACAUCGUCAAAUUUUUCAAGAGCAGUGUAAUUCUCAGCGACUCUUUACGUCAAAAGCAAACUGGCUGUCAACCUCUCAAACUGAUUUUAGAUGUUAAAACUCGUUGGAAUUCUGUCUAUUAUAUGCUCCAGAGAUACAUAGAAUUAGCGCCAAUUGUUCAUCAAAUUUUAAUGUUAAAUACUAAAGCACCACCCACACCUUCAGCUGUAGAAAUGCAGAAUAUAAAAACAUUGAUUUUAAUAUUGAAACCACUGGAAUAUGUAACGAAAGAGCUAUCGGGUGAACAGUAUGUGACCAUAAGUAAAAUAAUACCGAUAGUGAACUGCUUGAAGGCGCAGAUUAAUGAUGUACAUGUGGCUGAAGGUAUAGGUGGUGAUGAUAAUACCGAUGAUAAGGUAAUAAAUACAGUAAAAAACGAAAUAAUCAAACAGAUAGAACGCAGAUUCGGACAUAUUGAAGACAAUCAUUUGAUUGCAAUCUCAUGUUUGUUGGAUCCAAGAUUCAAGAAUAUUCACUUUCAAGAUGCUAGAGCUUGUGCAAAGGCUAUUUCUUUACUAAGACGAUUUAUUACUACCACUCCCAGUAUUAUUAGCAGUGAACCUGACAGCGAUUCUUCUGUUGAAACAUCAUACGACUUUUGGAGUCAUCAUAAGAAGUUAGCGCAUACAAAAAAACAAAACAAAAAUGAUUGUUCUUCAUCUUCAUUCCAAUCCAAAACAAAGGAUGAAAUAAGCUAUUAUUUGUCUGCGCAGGUUUCACCACUUUCCUUAGAACCUUUGAAGCAAUGGGAAGAUAUGAAAGUUGUGUUUCCAAAAUUAUACAAGUUGGCACGAGAAUAUUUGUCAAUUCCAGCGACGUCAGUGCCCUCAGAACGAUUGUUUUCUAAAGCAGGAAGCACUAUAACUAAAAUCCGAAACCGCCUAUCGCCAAAACGGCUCGAUAAACUGUUAUUUUUAAGUGAUUGUACGGAGGAGGAAUGGGAACUUUGAUGUGUGCCUAAAUUAACAGUUCUUUUUUCAUACAGUUUAAAAUGUAUAAAGUUACAGUCGUCUUAUUAUUGUAAUCUCUUUAUUAUUGUAAUAAAUUAGUGUGCCAAAACCUUUUAUUUUUAUUUACUGACUGAUAUUGAUGUUCUGACGCGUUUCUGAUCAUUAGGCUACAAGUAAAAGUACUCGAUACGUUGAAGUAUCGAUACUUUUGUUUCGAUACAUUUAUGAGUACGAUACUUUUCGUUCGAUAUUACUCAUGAGUACAGUAUCGAUACUUUCUAUUCGAUACCGUGUCCCUA